AUGCACCAUUUACUAGAGCAAGUUCGGCGUCAUAAAGUCAACAUUGAUGGCAAUGUCUGCACUGUGAUGGUUACGACUAUGGUUGUUGAGGGUUGGCAGCGGAGGCUUGAUCCAGAUUUUGACAUAAUGCAUACCCUACGGACAUUCUUACUCAAAGCUGACUGGGCAAAAUCACUUUCCUACACGAUUGAAGGGCUCAUGGCGCCAUGA